AUGACCACUCAGAUGAACACACGGGCAUCCAACGCAGACAAGCAUCCCGGCGAGAUCCACAAGGUGUUGAGCCAACAGACUUCCAGCGAAGUUGCACUCCAUAAGAAGCACAAGAAAGCCGAGCAGGACAAGAAAAAUGCCGCCGUCAUCCGCCAGAAGGAACACAUAGCCACUCUGGAGAACAAGUUAGACAAGAAAUAUGCUAAGAAGUUUGCCCACGCACCAGCAGCACCGUCAAGGCCAGCAACGGCAUCAAUAGGGAGAGCCAAGCAUGCCACCACUGUUGCUGCCGCAGUUGCCAACGACAACAACAAUGAUCCUGCCGACAAUUGCGACAACAUGGCUAGGCCCAAAGCGUCUUCCAGGCCAAGGCCGAAGGCGAAGAAGAAGCCCGGCCCCGUCAGCACCAAUGUCAACAAGGACACCGAGGCUCCAGCCAACGUGGUCGUGAAGCAAAAGCCCAGGCAAAAGAAGGUGACACCUGCCGACGAGGAGGAGAUUGGUGUAGAUGGGUCUGAUGAUGAUGAGAUGUUGAUUGAUGACGAUGACAGUCCUGCACCCAAGCCUGUGGUCAGAAAGCGAGUUCGCAAGGACGCGGCAAAGAAAGCUAGUACCAAGGCCGACAAGAGCAACGAGGGGGAAGACAUUUCUGAGCCUGAAGAGAUCACGAAGGUGGUGAGGAGGAGCGUGGCAGAGAGGGCAACGUUCCGUGCUGAUGUGGACAAGCGGAGGAUGGUACAGGUGGAGAACAAUGCAGCGGCAGUGACUGCUGGGAAAGGCAAGCCUGAUGCCUCAACAGUCCGCUCCAUCGGCUUCAAGACUGAUAUCAAGAAGUGGUCCGUAGCCAUUGCUCCUCAUGGUCCACCCGCCUCAGACUCCAACACCUCUCGUUCCCACAGUGUGCUGACUAGUGCAAAGUCCUCUACCCUCGCUGCCCAGUCCACCACCUCCAAGAGGAAGCAGAAGGUGCCCGAGCCCGAGCCCGAGUCUGCGACCGAGGAUAAUGAAGACUUCGGGCUCUUAGACAACAAUGCUGAGGACUUGGCCCGAGAGCGGGCAAGUCUUCGGGCCAACACUGGCGCAGAAGAGGCAAGUACUGAUGUUGUACUGCUUUCAAGCCCCCCACCAAGCCCACCCCUAUUGCCGUGUCACCACCUCCCUCGUGAACACCUCUCCUCCGUUGAAGAGAUCGCCACCCCUCCUGAGCACCGUUUCUCUACUCCUGAGAACAUUCCCUCUCCUGAUGAACACCAUGAGGUCCUGUCCCUCAAGCGUUGCCGUGCAGAUAGUACCAAGGAAGGUGAUCGGAACGAGGAAGAGCUGAGAGGACAAGAUCACGAUCAAGAGGACGAGCAAGAUGAGGACAUUGCGCUUGACUCAGAGCCUGAGAGUGCGCCUGUUGCAAAGAGCAAGUCUCGCACUACAGACAUGUGUGACGUUGACAUCCAGCCAGCGAAGCGCCUUAAGCCGGCCUCGGGCAAGGCCAUCAUCUCCAAGACAGCCAAGGGCGACAAGGACAAGAAGGUGGAUAGUGGCAAGGAUGACACCACCGGUAAGCGCAAGAAGAAACAUAACACAAACACGCUGCCCUCGCAUGCCCACAAGAAUCGUAGGUGGGCUCUCAUUUUCCUGCUGACCUUCCUCACCUGGCUUGCUCGCCAGAAGGAUGUGUGGGGUCCCUCAAACAACAAGAUCCUCACCGCUCUCCAAAACAUCUGGCGUGCUGUCUACAACAAGGAGUUGCCUUUGGAGCAGGACGCGAUAGACGGGGCCGUAUUCACUCUGUGCAAGCAGAGGGCCACCAAAUGGUGCAGCAACUUCGGCUCCACCGCUUCAGCGGUCCUCUCUCUUUCCUUCGCGGCUGAGGAGAUGUACGCUUAUGAUGAUGUGGACGCCAACCGUGUUGAGUAUGCCAGCGGGCUGCUCAUUGCGAACACGUUUAUGUUCGAAAAUGUUCCAGAAGACGGCUCCCAGCCCAGCGGGAACUUCAGAGGCCCACUCUAUGCCGCCACCCUUGCGACACAUCACGCUGCCAUCCGGGGCCGUGUCAAGGUCCCCGAGUAUGACAAUGAGGAGUGCUAUGCUCCAUGCAGUGCUAUGACCCUUGCAUGCGCCACGGCUGAGCACGCCUGCCAGCUUGCUGCUGAUGGACAGCUUGGUGACCUCGAGUCGGUUGUGGACAACCUGAUUGCUUACCAGGCCAGCGGCAAGCAAAGUUGCCCUAUCAAGAAGUCCUCGACAGCCCUUGCAAACUUCUCGGAGGCAAACUGGAAAUGGGCGACGGACCUCUAUUGGGCCGGCAUUGCAUCCAUGGACGACGGGUACCUCGCCAACACGUUCAGGGCUACGGGGGCUCACACCAAUGGAGGUGAGGACAAGGCAAUGGAUGGGGUUGCGCUCGCCGAUCCGCGUGCGAAGCUGCCGCAGAACUGUACUAGUCUCAUUCUUCUCUCUUUGCUUCCUUACUAA